AAAAACGACCGGUUAACGCAUCGUCCUCCCGAAACCCUCGGCGACAUCCCUCCCAAUUCUCCCGCCCAGAGCUAGCUCCGAAGGCAACGCAGGGGCAUAAAAAGACCUCCGAAGCUCCCAUCUAUCUCCUCUGAGAAGGCAGCGCAGGGAUCGCAGCAUACAAAGACAUCCGAAACCCUCUCCGACAUUCCUCCCCACUCUCCCGUUUAGAGCUAGCUGGGAAGGCAACGGCGGGAUCGCGGCAUAGAAAGACCUACGAAACACCUUCAUUUCUACUCAUUCCGGCACGGUUGUACCAGAGAACACUAGGAAGGAACUUGCAGAAGAAAUGAGCAAGAUGAAGGGUCUUAUAAAAACGUUCAGAUCAAUAAGUCAACCUCAGGUCAUUCCUUUGUUAAGGCCAAACAAAGGUUUAUAUUAUCGAUGUCUAGCUAGCGAGACUACAACUUCAGGUCAAACCAAUGUAGAGAAACCUAUUGAGAAUGCUUCUACUGAAGGCAAACAAACUGGAAACCCGGAUCAAACCACUCCGCUUGGAAGGUCUAUUCGUGGAGGGCCCGUCUCAUGGCUUAGCCUUGUUUUGCUAAUUAUGACUGGCGGAGGACUAAUUUUCUUUUAUGAUCGAGAGAAGAAGCGGCAUAUAGAAGGACUGAAGGCCGCAACAAGCUCAGUAAAACAGGGACCCUCUGUGGGAACUCCUGCAAUUGGUGGUCCAUUUAAGCUGGUUAAUGAUAAUGGAAAGUUUGUUACUGAAAAGGAUUUUUUGGGGAAGUGGACUUUAUUAUAUUUUGGAUUUACUCACUGCCCUGAUAUUUGUCCUGAUGAACUCCAGAAAAUGGCUGCUGCUAUUGAGAAAAUUAAAAAAAAAUCAGGCUUGGUAAUUGUCCCUGUUUUUAUCUCUGUUGAUCCAGAGAGGGAUUCAGUUGAGCAAGUACAUGAUUAUGUAAAAGAAUUUCAUCCUGAUUUAAUUGGACUGACUGGUACACCGAGUGAGGUUCGACAAGUCGCUCGAGCUUAUCGAGUUUAUUAUAUGAAGACUGAGGAGGAAGGCUCUGAUUAUCUCGUGGAUCACUCUAUUGUCAUGUACCUGAUGGACCCAAACAUGGAGUUUGUGAAAUUUUAUGGCAAGAAUUAUGAUGUUGAUUCACUUGCUGAUGGCAUAAUCAAAGAGAUAAAACAGUACAAAAAGUGAAACAGAUGCUCUCUGGCCUUAAAAUUUUGAUCGGAGGUUUGCAUUCAUGUUGAUUUUACAACUGAAAACUCUUCACAGGGAUCAACAAUUAACUAUUUUUAUCA